AUGUGGGUAUUUAUGACAAACUGUCUGAUAUUCCAGUCGCAAGCCUACUUGGUCAUCGCCUUGGCUACAAGCGCCUUCGCAAGCUUUGAACAUGACGGUUUCGCUAUCCGCGGCUUGAGCCUGGGUCAUCUAUUCGGUUUCAGUCACGGUGCCUUCUACGGACCGGCUUACAUUAGCGCCCCUUCGGUCACCACCUAUGCGGCUUCUCCGGCCGUGACUGCUGUCCGUACGGUUCCAGUUAUCAGGACUUCUGUCGCUCUCCCUGCAACCGAGAUCACGAGAGUUGAUGAGUAUCAUGCAGCUCCAGCCGUAAGCGUGGUAGCUACAACUGCAGCGGCCUCCCAGGCUGUGGCGGGAGCCUCAGUGUUCGCCGCUCCUCCUGUCGUGGCAUCUGCGCCCGCUGUUACCAAGGUCGCCACCACGUACAACUCUGGAGCAUCGUUGGCUGCUGCUCCCGUCCUGGCCACGUCGCCUGCUUUGAGCAAUGUUGCCACUACCUUCCACGGCAGAGAAGAGUUUGUUUCUGCUCCGGUUGUGGGCCCGACGCCCGCCGUUACCAAGAUUGCCACCACUUUCAACUCUGGAGCAGCGUUGGCUGGUGCUCCCGUUGUGGCCGUGUCGCGUGCUGUGAAUAAUGCUGCCACUAUCUUCCACACCAGAGAAGAGUUUGUUCCUGCUCCAGUUGUGGCCCCGCCGCCCGCCGUUACCAAGAUUGUUACCACCUACAACUCUGGAGCAGCAUUGGCUGCUGCUCCCGUUUCGGCAGCGUCUCUCUCUGGAAGCAAUGUUGCCAAAAACUUCCAGUCUGGAUCAGCCCUUAUCCCCGGCCCCGUCGUGGCCGCGCCGCCUGCCGUUACCAAGUUUGCAGCCACCUUCAACCCUGGAGCAGCGUUGGCUGCUGCUCCCGUUCUGGCCGCGUCGCCCGCGGUGAGCAGUGUCGCCACUACAUUCCGCUCCGGAUCGGAGUUUGUUCCUGCUCCCGUUGGGGCCUCGCCGCCCGCCGUUACCAAGGUUGCCACCCCCUUCAACUCCGGAGCAGCGUUAGAUGCUGCUGCCGUUCUGGUAGCGUCACCCUCUCUAAGCAAUGUUGCCAACACCUUCCAGUCUGGAGCAGCUUUUAUCCCUGGCCCCGUUGUGGCCUCGCUGCCCGCCGUUGCCAAAGUUGCUACCACCUUAAACACUGGAGCCGCGUUGGCUGCUGCUCCCGUUCUGGCCGGUUCACCUGCUGUGAGCAGUGUUGCCACUGCCUUUCGCUCCGGAUCGGAGUUCGUUCCUGCUCCCGUUGUGGCCGCGUCGUCUGCUGUUACUAAGGUUGCCACCAGCUUUAAUUCUGUGCCACUGUUGACCGCGGCUGCUCAUGGUGUCUCUGCUUUCCAUACGACGUCAGUGGUUUCGCAUGGUCCAGCUGUCACCGCCGCCGUGUUCCAUGGACCAGCUUUUGGCUACGAGUUUGGAGUGAAAGGAAUAGGCUAUGGUCUUGGCCACUUCGGUUUUGGACAUGGCUUAUCCCCCUACGGUCUCAACUACUGGUAUGGUCUCGGAAGUCUUGCAGACUACGUAUCACUUCUCCGAAAGAAGAAAUGUAAGUGA